AUGUCGUUUACUUUUAUAAAGAAAAUUUUAUACUUGUUUCUAUUCUUAGUAUUAGCUUUACAUUGUGUUAUAGCACAAGUAAGAAUAAAUUACCAAGGUGAACAUAGAAAUUAUGGAGAUCAGGCAAAGAUUAAAGAACACGUAAAAAAUCAUUUAAAAGAAGUUGAACAUCCUCCAGAUGAAAUAUCGGAUGAUGACGAAUUAUAUUACCUUUUCUCCAUUCAUGACACUAAUCAAGAUGGUUAUUUAGAUGGUCAUGAGCUUCGCGGUGCAUUUACCGAUGAAUUUGAUAAUGAAUCGGAUAAAGAUGCUUUAUUAAAAAUAGAUGAAAUUGUUGAAAUGAUCGAUCACGCACUACUAGAAGAUGACAUGGACAAUGAUGGAAGAAUUAGUUGGGAAGAAUAUCUCUUAUCACAAAAAUAUCAUGAAGCUUAG